GAAAAAGAGAAAAAAUUUCGAAGCAUCGCGUCCUCGUCGGGCGGAGCCAUCGCCGAUGAAAUCCUGAGCUCGCUCGCUCGCUCUCUCUGUCGUACCAUCAUCGUCUCUUUGAGAUCUUCCAAUGGAGUCCUGCUCCUGCAACUUCGCGAGCUCUUCUUCUCUGCUGCUUCCUCCGACGCCGAUUUCGAAGCUCUCGCGAUACAGGCCCCCGUUCGAGCUCAAUUCAUCGGUGCGUCCCCCCGUUCUUCUCCCUCCCCCUCCCCCCUUUUGUGAUGGCGAUUCGCUUGUGAGUUUUAUCCUUGCUAUUUUGUUGCGGCAGAAAUGGAAGCCGAAAGGCCGGUGUCUGCAUCGCUCGGUGAUUCGGAGCGCCUGUGGUGGCUCCGAAGAUAACGCCUCCGUUAAUGGCUUCCCGAUUACGCCCAACAAGCUCUUCGUGCAGGAGGCAAUUGGAGCAGAAUAUGGGGAGGGUUUUGAGACGUUUAGAACGGAUGGCCCUCUGAAGAUGGAUGUGGAUUUUCUAAAUGACAGACUACAAGAAGGGUUUCUUCAACGCAUACGAUAUGCGAUGAAACCAGAUGAAGCUUACGGGCUUAUUUUCUCCUGGGACAAUGUGGUGGUAGAUACCCAGUCUCUGAAGUUGAAAGCAUGGAAGCAGCUGGCCAUCGAAGAGGGCAAGGAGUUACCUGACGACAUCCGAUUACAAAAGCUCAUGCUUCAUGCAGGUGCUGAUCAUGUUCUACAUAAGGUUAUGCUGUUGGAUGAAGAAAGAGAGGAAGAUAGAUUAAAGUCGAGGCUUGCCCAGUUAUAUUAUGAUAAUCUUCUCGAACUCAAAGAACCUAUGGAAGGACUUAAAGAAUGGAUGGAUGCAGUACAUACAGCUCGAGUCCCUUGUGCUGUUGUUUCUAGUCUGGAUCGGAAAACUAUGAUUGAGGCGCUCGACCACAUGAAUCUAGCCAAGUAUUUUCAGGCAAUAGUUACAGAAGAAGAUGGAAUGGAGUCGAUAGCGCACAGGUUUCUUUCAGCUGCUUUGAAGCUGGACCGCAAACCAUCAAAGUGCAUAGUAUUCGAAGAUGACCCCAGAGGCGUAACUGCCGCUCACAACUGUACGAUGAUGGCCAUUGCCUUGAUAGGCGCACACCCAGCGUACGAUUUGGAGCAGGCAGAUCUUGCGGUCGCCAGCUUCAAUGAGCUUUCAGUGAUUAACCUCCGCAGAUUAUUUGCCCACAAGGGAUCCUCUUUCAUGGACUUACAAAAGCAGAUUGCAGAGAGAGACCAUCCCAAAAGGAAACUCACCGUGGAGGAUCCAAUUUUUUGAUUCAAUUUUUCUGUAAUUAAGCAAAUCAUCCUCUAUAAUUUUUUGGUUUUUCCUUGUCAGAUGCAAAAAAAAUGUAGUCUUUGCUCUUCCUGGUUAACGUAUCUCAAAAGUUCAGCUAACAGUCUACGGCGCAUUUGUUUCUGUAACAGUAGGGGAUUCUCAUUGGUCUACGUAGAUCAAAAUUGGGUUA